GAAUGCGCGAAGUGUCGUAAAUCCGAGGGUUUUGCUCAGAUAUCCUUACUGGUUUGCGCAGCGUGCAAGAGGAUUAUUUAUUGUAUUUAGAGCAAAGAAUGUCAAACGGCUCACUGGCCUGAGCACAAGAUGCAAUGCAGACAAAACAAGGCCUUGGUGCAAAACGAUGGUGGAUCGGAGGCUGCGAACGAUUUUGCCAGAUUGGUGGAACUUAACAAACCAGUGUUUAUGGUUGCGCUCUACUAUGCACUCGGACUUAAAGCACAGCCGAAUGCAUUCAAGCGCAGUGGCGCGAUUAUCCAAUUUAUGUCGGAACCCAGUCGUCUCAGCUAUCCCCUCCAGCGGAGGUACAAAGUCAGCAAAGGAUACACCGCAGGUCUCGACGUUAUUAUCAAGGCUGUUCCCGCACGACUUGCGAAUCUCGACGACUUCAAGCUGUCCACAAGAGACGGCGAUCGAGUGGGCAUCAUUCUACUGAUAUGCGAAGAUAAUAUCCAGUUGCUCAAAUUACAACUCCCGUCGACGAAAGAGCUGAGAGACGCAGCGAGAAGUAUCGCGAUGCCACUAAGGAGCGAUUGGGCACUGUGGCUGGACAAAGCCAUCAGCGAGAAUUUCCAAGCCAACAUCAAAUUGCCGAACUCAAUCGGCGGAAAUUAGUUUAUUCGAUGUUCUUUUCGUUGUGUCCGUCGCGCGCUACAGUCACUCCUUUUUAGGCCAAUCGAGACGUACCAAGAGAGGCUCAGAAAGAUAACGAGUGAUAUUUGUACAAGGAGAUUAGGUGCCAGUAACAUAGGACGUGAUCCAAUGUGCAACUUGGUCACAGAGCGUCUUCGAAGCAUGACUCAAGUGGCGAGGUGACACUUGGGCUUAAAGCAAGUGCUGCAAUCCGGCAAGGACCGAAAGCGCGUCUUGGUGUCGCGCUCGCGUCGCGUUCUCCUGCUGUAGCUGCCUUCUUCCACCACGCUUUGUUCUACCCACAUAGACGAACACCAGC